AUGGAGCUUGAGCUAGAGAAUAUGGUCUCUGAGGCCGCAUCUAACAGGACCAACAUUGAGGAAGCGAACGCGCUGUUAGCACAGACUGAUACCAAUCAAGCCCGGAGGUUGAAGUCCGAGGCGACGAGCCUUUUGGGAGAGAGAUACGUUAAUUUGGUUGGCAUGAAUGCUAUCGAGAUUUUAACGGUUAUCGGAAAUCUAAAAAUAUGGAUGUCCGCGACGCAACAAGAAGUUAUCGAGCUCUGUUUAUCCAUCGCUUACCCACUACUUAUUCUGCAAUGCCGGUCACUCGCAAAGAUGUUGGCAUCAUUAUCAACUUUCGAUGAUCAAGGCCAAGUCCCGGAUAUUUCCUGGCACCCGCAACAACAGACAGUAUUGGGCAGGCUAAGCCGAGGCUUCCAUUCGAGCUACACCUGGAAAGCAGCAUGGAUCAAUGUUUUUACUCGUUGGAAAAUAGAUGGAGAGGAUUCGUCUUGGCUUAGCACCAGGAUCGAUGGCAUACGCAGCCAACUGGCUGAGAUAUCCCCCAUCUUCAUUUCCAUCGAAGCGGCUUUCGGUCAGAUUACCAUCAUGACUGGGAUAUCUUUUGAUGAUGCUAUGGAAAAUAUUGAAAACACAUUCGAAAUGUUCGAGACGUAUUUGGACCAGUGCAAAGCGAAAGUUGACGAACUCAGUAUCGAAGAGCGAUCAAAACAUCUCUCACCGUUUCCAAAUCCUCCUCCGGGCCAAUCAUGGACGAGUGGUGCCAAUGUCUCAUUUAGUGGAAAUGCCCAGAGGAGAUCCUUUAGAAAGCGUGCUACCACCAGUAGCAACCAACCAGCUGUGCGGACCAUGGAGAAACUUCAAACGCAAUGGAGCCAGGCGGCAAGUCUCUUCGCACCGCUCUUUCAAUUUGCUAAAUCACCUGUCAUCCUUAUAUUGACCGUGGCAAUGCCAUUCACCAUAUACUCCACCUAUAUCUGCGAGACCCCAGACGACCUGCCCGUUGUGGACAGCAAUUUCUGGUCCACGUUGAGCCAAUGCAUUGCUGGAUUUGCAGGGCUUUACGUAGUACUCAGGCCGAUGUUCAGCACCAGCCAGAAGGAUAAGAUCCGGACUGAAUUUCCGAAGGUUUUCUAUACCAUGAUAGUACUGUCAUUUACAACCAGCAUCGCGAGUGUCUUAUCAUAUGUUUGGAGCCCACCAGCUAGCAUCCCAUUGGCUUAUGUAUCUGGAUUGGCGCUCAAUAUUGCAACACUGCUGAUUAUCAAAGACUCAGGUAAUCAGAUAAAGGAGACUAACAGAGCGAAUGAGCAGCUAGAACACGAAGUCAGCGACUUAGAGAAGGAGCUUGCUGGGUAUCGCACAGGGAGAUAA